GCGGUGACGCCGCCGGGGGGCGGGCCCUGGGCGCGGCGGCCCGACUGUCUCGGCGGCGGCGGAGCGAGCGAGGCGCGGCGCCACCAUGGGGGCCCAGCUGAGCACGUUGGGCCACGUGGUCCUGUCCCCAGUGUGGUUCCUCUACGGCCUCCUCAUGAAGCUGUUCCAUCGCUCUGCCCCGGCCAUCACUCUUGAGAGCCCGGACAUCAAGUACCCACUGCGGCUCAUCGACAAGGAGGUCAUCAACCAUGACACCCGGCGGUUCCGCUUCGCCCUGCCGUCGCCCCAGCACAUCCUGGGCCUCCCCGUCGGCCAGCACAUCUACCUCUCAGCCCGGAUCGAUGGAAACCUGGUCAUCCGGCCCUACACGCCCGUCUCCAGCGAUGACGACAAGGGUUUUGUGGACCUGGUCAUCAAGGUUUACUUCAAAGACACCCAUCCCAAGUUUCCUGCCGGGGGGAAGAUGUCCCAGUACCUGGAAAGCAUGAAGAUCGGAGACACCAUUGAGUUCCGGGGCCCAAAUGGGCUGCUGGUCUACCAGGGCAAAGGGAAGUUUGCCAUCCGCCCAGACAAGAAAUCCAACCCGGUCAUCAGGACGGUGAAGUCUGUCGGCAUGAUUGCAGGAGGAACUGGCAUCACCCCAAUGCUACAGGUGAUCCGCGCCAUCAUGAAAGACCCAGAUGACCACACCGUGUGCCACCUGCUCUUUGCCAACCAGACCGAGAAGGACAUCCUGCUGCGGCCCGAGCUGGAGGAGCUGAGGAACGAACAUUCUGCUCGCUUCAAGCUCUGGUACACAGUGGACAAAGCCCCCGAAGCCUGGGACUACAGCCAGGGCUUCGUGAAUGAGGAGAUGAUCCGGGACCACCUUCCGCCCCCGGAGGAGGAGCCGCUGAUACUGAUGUGUGGCCCCCCGCCCAUGAUCCAGUACGCCUGUCUGCCCAACCUGGACCGCGUGGGCCACCCCAAGGAGCGCUGCUUCGCCUUCUGAUGGCCAGGCACUGGCUGCUCGCACGCCCGCCCUGCACACUCACCGUGCCCCGUCCACACCCACCCCUCCCCGCCCUUGUUCUUUAACAUCACUUUCCGCCACAUCUCUCGCUGUGGCCCUGGGUGCGGCUGCGGUGGUUACCCCGCUGGGCCGGUUCCCCCGAGGGACCCCUUUGGGAGCAGGGUUCGGUAACCGGUGGGCCACCUCCGGCCACCGGCUGGCCCUCAUCGGUUUGUACCCGCGGUGCUCAGCCCCCCUGCCCUGCCUCCACCCCGCCCACCCACACCCUACGAGGCAGCGGCAGAGGCUGUGCCCCAGCCACCCCUCCCAGAGCAGACCGCAGCCGGGGAGUAAACACAGAUGUGCGGGCAGCUCAGAGCUGCGGGUGCCGGGGACCCUCCAGCCACCAGCUCGGGCCCCUCACCCGCCACCCUUGCUACCUGCCCUGGGUCAUGGCCCGGCCCCAGCACCUGACACUACAUAACAGGUAACACCAAAAAGUCCUCUCGGCAGGGGCUGUGGGGGUAGGAGUCUGCCCCCACCCCAGGGCCCAGGCAGGGCCAGCUGGCAGGGAGCUGGGCUCUUCAGGGCCUGGAGCAGGCGGAGCAGACUGGCCCGUGGGCCCUCCUGAAGCCUCGGCAUGUUCCCCAGCGCCUCAACCUUCAGGCCGCUUUGGGAGCCCCAAGCUGUCAGCCGGGCAGUCUGAGGGGCCGC